UAUAGGAAAUUUGUUUCCUUGUCUAUUUGCAGGAAGACGGCUAUGUCGACUUAAAUAGUUUAAUAAAUGACAAUAAAUCCAACAAUUAGUUCCAUGGUUUCAUAUAUUUAACCAAUGGAUGUGCAUGUGGUUUUAAAACUAAGCCGCUGGGUGUAAUUUUCGCCACGCCAGUGGGAUUUUCUGGUUUAUGGAUAUUAGUCUCGCUGCUGUGUGAUGAUGACUGCCGAGCUGCUGCUGUCUGACUUGGACAGUCGGUUCUGCGCUGAUAACCUGCUGACUAGCGAAGACUGGGAUGCCUGUUUGUAUCAGUGUGAGGAUAUGGAGGAGGGCGAAGACUCUCAUUUCAUCAGAGACCUGAAAUAUAACACAUCUCUGGAUAGUGAUCUUGUUCUUACACUGGACCCUGAUAAUCCCACUUCACCAUGGCAAAACUUAGACAACCUCACAGGUGAAAUACCAGUAAUAAAAGAUGAAAUGACAGUAACACAGCCUCUUUCAGUAGACCUGUUUUUCCAAGUGAAGACAGAACCACCAUCACCUGCGUCAUCUCUAACCUCUGACAGCUCAAUACCAUCCUUCCCCGAACCACAGAUGACAGUGAAAGGCGAGAACCCUCCCACUCCUCCCUACAUGUAUGGAGACGUUCUGUCACCACCCCUGGCCAGCAUGGAGGUGACAGUAGCAAGCAUUUCUCCACAGCAUCAGGCUCCACAGGGCUUUUUUUCCUCACCAACAACAUUUAAGACCAGCACCAUUAUGAGCAACAAACCCCUGAUCCAGCCCAAACCUGUGUGUGUGACUCCUUUGCCAGUGGCUCAGAGCCCGAGUCCAGCUAAAACUCUAAUCUUGCAGAGUGUCCCUGUACCGCCUAUCGACCAGAACACAACACCUGUGGUUCUGUCUCAGUCGAUGUGUUUGGGUUCUCCACCUGCUAUUGUUAAAAUGGAGCCAUUACCUGGUAGCAUUUCUCACUGCACUAGCCCUUCGGCACAACCCCUGAGCAAACCCAUUAUACCUGCAUCCACCCUGCCUGGCAACAGCUGCAAUGAAAUUGAUAUGAAGGUUCUGAAGAGGCAGCAGCGUAUGAUCAAGAACCGUGAAUCAGCUUGUCAGAGCCGUAAGAAGAAGAAAGAGUAUCUGCAGAACCUGGAGGCGCAGCUCAGAGAGGCUCAGCUAGAGAACGAGAGGCUGCGCAAAGAAAAUCAAGCCCUGAGGUUGCGGCUCGCUGGGAAAGAGGCAGGUGAAUCUGGCAACAAUAAGAGAGCGGUGUGUGUCAUGGUUUUGUUUUUCUUUAUCACCUUUACCUUCAGUCCCAUCAGUCUCAAAGACAGGACUCUAGAUGCUGGCUUAGAAGAUGCAGGUGUGCCACUAACAGGAAGACACUUGCUUGAAUUUGAGAAACCUCGGAGGUCAAAUAUAAAGCUAAUGAGUGAGAGAACAGAGAAGAAGUUGGACAGAGAAGAUCGAUGGAGGGAAGAACUGGAAAAAGAGUCUGAAGUGUCAUAUCAGUUUAGGAAUCAGAGUGGUGAGUUCAGCGAGGUAAAAGAUUUGCUUCUGCAGGAUUUAGAUCGAUACUUGUCAUCAUCUGACUGCAGACAGUUCAAUCGCUCUGAAUCACUCAGGUUGGCAGAUGAGUUGCGUGGAUGGGUCCAUCGCCAUCAAAUCAACCGGAAGUCUGACGGAAAAUCAAAGAUUGUGAAAAAGACAAAAAUAGCCCAGCAAAAAGCUCAGCAAAGGAAGGCAAACAUUUCCAGGUACCUUCCAAUUCAAGCUCAUCGUUCAAUUGAAAGUCAGUUGCAGAUGUUGCCAGGACCAGAGAUCAGUUACAGUGAUUUUCUUGAUGCUAUCGAUCGGCGUGAGGACACUUUCUAUGUUGUUUCAUUUAGACGGGAUCAUCUGCUGUUACCGGCCAUCAGCCACAAUAAAACAAGUAGACCCAAAAUGUCUCUGGUCAUGCCUGCCAUGGCCAUCAAUGAUUCAGUUUAUAACUCAUCACGGGGCGGCUAUGAAAUGAUGAUGCAGGUGGACUGUGAGGUCAUGGACACCAGGAUUAUCCCAAUCAAGUCCUCUGUAGUCCCGCCCUCUCUUAGAGAUCCUCCCUCAUCCCCGCCCCCUCAUCAUCACCAUGGCAACCACACCUCAAUACGCAGCAGAAACCACCAUUCCCAUGUUAAUGGGGCAUCAUCUUCAAGGCGGAGGGCAAUGGGUUAUUUUAUUAGUCAGGGCGGAUCCGUUUGAGAGUGGAAAUUAAUAGAGGAAAUUUAAUGUCAGAGUAGAAAAACUGGGGAUUUUUCUGCUAAAACCUAUAUACAUGUAUUGGGCUACGUGUUUAGAACAUUCUUUAUUAUCACUAUUAGGAAGCUCAAAAAGAGCAGAAGAAGAGUCUGAAUGUCAUGUCAAAUUCUGAUCACAAACAGGAUACGCAUGAAAGUUUAAAAGACCUAAUAUUAUUUUAACAAUACAACUACAAAAAAUACAGUUAUUUUCAUUAUUUUCUCCAAAUAACAACCACACAAUCUACUCCACCUAGGUGGCUAGUAUAGCAUUUUCUUUAGGUGUGAUGCAUAGUUGUUAAUUUUUUCCUGUGUGCAGUUUAUCAACUACUGUUCUUUUUUUAUAUGUCGUAUUUUUUACAGAUUUUUAUUACAAUUAUUUAACAAAUGUAUAUUGAGCUAGACGUGUGCGAUUUAAAUGUAAAAAAAAUAUCCUCUUAACCAUCAUUGGCAGAUGUUUAUAUACAUACUGUUUUCUCCAUUUUCCUUGUUUGCAAACAUCACACUUUUAGUCACAAAAUGUUCAUAAAUGUAUUGACCUUAGUUGUGAUGCACAUUUUGUAUUCUAUUCUUAAUUAGAAAUUAUGUUGACAUUGAAGCUGAUAACAAAUUUUCACAGAAUGGCACACAAACUUGAUAUUCAGGGUUAGAUUUAAGGCUGUAUAAAGCGUGUGUGAUUGAAGGAGUCUGUGACUGGACAUAAUGUAAUGUUAGACAUAAUUUUAUAACAUUCUGUCUUUUGUAAUGUUGUUGUGUGUUUUGUAAGAUUUAAUGUUUGUCUUGAAUGUGUUGCUACCUAACUCAAACCACUACAAGUUUGACCUUUCAGUGGUCUCAGGGGGGCUUUAGAGGUAAUAAUUGUAAGCUGAAUGUAAAAAUAGAAAUAGAAGAUGUCAACAGUUGCAACAAUACUGGUUAAAUUAUUACAUCACAUAUAAUUACUACCAUAUAUGAUUUAUUUUGUUUUUUUUAAAGCCAACAUGGAUCUGCAUACCAAUCUAAAACUAUUUGUAUUUGUGGCUGAGUUUGAAUUUUUACAUAGCUGCAAGUUGGUAACCAGGUUGCUUCAGUGAUUCAAAUUAUGUACUGCUCUUUCCAAUAACGCUUUGAUUAACUGUGUUCAGCCUUAGUCUUUAAAAAGCAAAGGGAUAAAGACCUAAUGGAUGUAAAUUGAGCCUUUUGUAGAUUUUUGUAAAGUUAUGGUGGUAUGUUUCUCUUAGUUAUACUUUUGUUUAAUCAUGCAGUCUUCAUGGGUUUUUUCAAACACUGCAGCUAUUAACUGAUGGUGGCAUGUUUAUCUGAAACAUUCCCAGAAUGUCAACAUGCUUCUGUGAUGAGCAUUGGUGAAUAUAAAUUUAAACCUGCUUUUUAUUUUUUAUUUAAAUUAGCUUUUACAAUGAAAUCGUUUUUUUUCCACUUUCUCUUGUCUGUGUAAAAUGUUUAACAAAUGUCUUUACUUAUAAAGGAGAACUUUGUUAAAAAAUCCACUUUGUUUUAUGAACAUGCAUUAAGUAGUGGUUACUGACCUUUUCCUACCCCCCUUUCUAAAAAUAUAUUUAAGCCUUUUGUUUGGAUGUAUGGAGUGGCUUGAAGACACUCAGAUAUGUCAUUUGCUUGCAAACUCAUACUGUCAGAUUUAUUAAAAAAGCUAAAUAAUA